AUGUACAUUGCAGGAAUCACUACCGAUGACUUGUUCUGGUUGCCGCAAUCUCCCGGAAAGACUUUGGUAGUAGGUGCAAGCUAUGUGGCGUUAGAAACGGCUGGAUUGCUGGUUGAUCUUGGCAUCCCUGUAGAUUUACUCAUUAGAUCACGACCGUUGAAAAAGUUCGAUCAGGUGGGGUACCUUGCAUUCUAGAG